AUGACACCAACGAAAGCUCCGGCGGCAGAAGAACAACUCAUUACGUCGCCAAGUGGGGCAAACACAGACACCCCGCCUGAUCUCCGUUUCCUGCACUACAACGAUGUUUAUCACGUCGAAGCUGGCUCGAGGGAACCUGUUGGUGGAUAUGCGAGAUUCCAGACGCUCAUAAAUUACUACAGAGACGAUGAGAGGUUCAAGGACCAACCCAAGGUCCUGACAUUCUUUUCUGGAGAUGCGUUCAAUCCGAGCAUCGAGAGCAGUAUCACGAAAGUCUUGAACAACAUUGGUACAGAUGUCUCUUGCGUGGGAAACCACGACCUUGACUUCGGUGUCAAGCAAUACCGCUACCUCACCUCGAAAUGCAAGUUCCCAUGGCUUCUCGCGAACGUCCUCGAUCCCGCGCUCGGCGAAGGUGUCCCUCUCGGCAACGCACAGAAGACAGUGAUGCUCACAUCCUCGAACGGCAUAAAGGUUGGCGUGAUUGGACUAGCAGAGCGGGAAUGGCUGGAUACUAUCAAUGCUCUGCCGCCGGACAUCAUAUACAAAAGCGCUUCGGCAACAGCAAAAGAGCUCAUUCCAGGCUUGAAGGAGCAAGGUGCCGAGAUCAUUGUCUGCGUCUCCCAUCAGCGUGAACCAAACGACAACAAGCUCGCUGCAAACACAGGUGGAGAUUUGAUUGACAUUAUCCUCGGUGGACACGACCAUUACUAUUCCUAUAGCCACAUCAAUGGCACCCAUGUCCUGCGCUCAGGAACAGAUUUCAAACAGCUCUCCCAUGUCGAAGCGUGGCGAAAGCCAGAAGGUAAGGGUUGGGAUUUCAAGAUCAUACGACGCGAUAUCAUCAGCAGUAUACCACAAGAUCCAGCCGCCAUGGCGCUGGUGGACGAGCAGACACAGGAGAUUAGGAAGAGGUUAGACAAGCCGAUUGGAUAUACGGCUGCGCCGCUCGACGCAAGGUUCACGACCGUCAGGACGAAGGAGUCCAACAUCGGGAACUUCGUAUGCGAUCUCAUGAGGUACUAUUAUUCGGCAGAUUGCUGUAUCAUGGCGGCUGGAACCAUCCGCGGAGACCAAAUCUACCCUCCCGGUGUUCUCAAGCUACGCGACAUCGUCAACUGCUUCCCGUUCGAGGAUCCCGUGGUUGUCUUGAAGGUCACCGGAAAAGCAAUAUUCGGGGCGCUGGAGAAUGGUGUUAGCAAUUAUCCAGCACUAGAAGGAAGGUUUCCGCAGGUGUCGAACAUUACAUUUGAGGUCGACUAUUCGAAAGCUCCGCAUUCUAGGAUACAGAACGUGACGAUCGGCGAUGAACCUUUGGACGAGAAGAGAGAGUAUGUAUUGGCUACUCGUGGUUACAUGGGUCGUGGAAAAGAUGGCUACACCUCGCUGCUCAUCGAAGAAGAAGGCGGCGUUGCCAAAGAAAUCGUCUCCGAAGAGAACGGCGUCCUCAUCUCCACUAUCCUCCGCCAAUAUUUUAUGUCGCUCAAGGUCCUGGGUCGCUGGAAGCGCCUGGGCCCAUCCAUGAGCAACAAGUUUCUCUCGAUCCAAACAAAUCUCCAAAACAACCACAAGCAUACCUUCCACGAUGCAUCGCCGACAAGCCCGGAUACAGCUGGCCCACCACAGCCGCCCAGCAUCGACAGAGUUGUGCGCUCGACAGGUCCGGAUCAGACGAACAAUGCAUCGGACGACCCGGAUGCAGAUGAAGAUGAAGACGAUGGCCCAAUGUACGAUGAUAGUGUACCCAUUCGAUUCGACCAGAGGCAGAUAGAGAUGGUGAGGCGGGUCAUGCAUAAGUGGUGGAGAUUAGCGGGGUUGAAGCACACUCCGAACUUGGUCGACGAGCUGGAUAAGAAGGAGUUCGUGGUGAACUGGACAAAGGCUAUUGCACCACGGUUGGAAGGAAGGAUCAAGGAAGUUGGGGUGAAAGCUUAG